GACACGCCGUGGUAAUCAAUUUUUGACGACUUACGAUUUUUUUUAAAUUACUUAAUUAACUAUUAUUAACUAUCUCUGUGGUUUAACAACAAGAACCAAAGUUAUACUAUUAGAUAAAAAUAUUUGUUACUAAAAUAUUAUGAUAUUCGGGUACUUUUUGGCCCCGGACACGUGAUUUUCUUGGCCGGUGGAAUGACCCUAAUAUUCUUUUUCUGUGGUUGAAUCGGCCAAUACCAGGUUUAAAGAAAAAACACAUAACAAAGAGUAUAUCAUAAAAAUCGCGAAACGCACUGAUUUCCAUUUAUUUAUGGAUCGAUGACAACCCAGCAAAUAGUUUAUAAUAAGGUUUUGGAGUUGAUCGCAUAGUGAGUGGAUGGUGAACUACUAAAGAUGGCGACAGCGGUUUGUUUGUCAGUGCCAUCGGAAUUUAACGAAAUUCUCCAUUAUCCGAAUUUUGCGGAUAUAGGCCGCUUUUUGGGCCUUGAGCUGAUGUCAGGAGAGUCUACGCGAAAGCUGCGUUGUAGCGUGGCGGUUUUCCUGUGUUGGGCCUUCCUUGUCUCCUCAGGCCUCGCAAUCUACCUCGUGUAUGUAGCCUUGUGGCAUCAAGUACGACUAGACAUAGGUUUAAAGGAGCCUUGGUAUCUUCGACGUGAACAAUGGCAGUCGAUCAAGAAAGGAAACAGCGAUGAAUAUUUGGCUCUACCUGUCAAAUACGUCUAUAUCGGGCACAGCGCUGGAGCGUAUUGCGACCAAAGGUAUUCGUGCAUUAAAAGUGUCCGACAAAUCCAGGAUGACCAUUUAAAGUUAAAUUGGGACGACAUCGGUCCCAACUUUCUUGUUGGUGGAAAGGGUUUAAUAUUUGAAGGCAGAGGAGCAAACGUCCUCGGGGCCAUGGUGGCCAAGUGGAACAAGAAAGGCGUCAGUGUUAUGUUCCUGGGUGACUACAGGACAGACGAAUCAGACCCACUUCAAUUUGAACACAUCAAUGUGUUGCUGAAACGACUGCUGGAGCUUAAGGUUUUGGCACCAGACUAUACGGUCGUAGGAUACUGCCAAAUAGUAACUUUCACGAUCAGCCCAGGACCAAAUGUGAUGAGUCAUUUGAAAAACAUAACCAAUUGGGACCCAGUGAAUCAAGAUAAAUGUCUACGCUGAAACAGGGUGCUAAUAAGACAUCAACUAAAUCAUGACCUUAAGUUGAUUCUUACUAUGCUAUAUGCUCAUGAUAAUUAGUAGUUACUUAGGUGUUUAAAAUUAAUGAAAUAUUAAUUUUAUUGAGAAAAUACUAGUCAAAUAAUUAAUUAUUUAGGUCAAAUAAUUUUGGACGUUAUAUAAACUCUCCUGUUAUCCAAGAAUCUUGUGUGUAGGUAUUAAAUAUUGUGUGUUUUAUGCUUAUGGUCUUGUUAUGGAAUAAUACCUACUUAAUUAAAUGUAAUAACUUUUCGGAAUGAUUAGCUUGGUUUUAUGAGAGUGUUUAUAAUAAUUUUAUUGGAUUGUAUACAUAAGAGUUCGAUGAUUCUAAGUAGAUAACCCCUAUGUUUAAUGUUAAGUUUAAGUACUAAAUUGAUUGUACUUUAUACUGUUUUAUUGCAUCUAAAGCGGACUUAAUUAAUAACGAUAACUUCUACAAAAUAAUACCUAAUAGGUACCUACUGUUUUCAGUUUAAUUUGUAUGAUUGUGUUUACACGUAUUUUGUCCCUAAAAUAGUGUAAUCGGAGCUAAGUCACACAGCUAUAGCUUAGUUAAGUGCAUAAUUAUUCAAACGGCACUUAAAGCUCGAUUCACACUUAAGCAUAGAAUCUUGAAAGUAGAUUCAUACUUGAUCAUGUCAUGUACUGUGAGCCUAAUUAAAUUUAAUUCGUUGCCAAAUAUUAACACACCACAAGUGCCAAAUAUUGGUCAAAAUUGAAUAAAUAAAUAUUUUUCAUUUUAAAUGAAUUCUAGGUAAAUGCUUAGGGUGACUCUAUUUUUGGGACAGCUCUGUAACGUAUAAACAAUUGAUCUCACAUUUACAGCUUGAGUGUGAUCCAUAAGAUUUUGGAUUAUGAUUUCUGGUUUGAAUAAAAAAAAUACCUACUCAUUAAUAGCCGCCUACUUACUUUAAUAAACUGUAGAGAAUAUUAUGAAAAAAAAAACAUAAAGUUACAUAAAUGUUGCAAGUAAAUCACAAAAUUCAUAUUAAAAUAUAAUUUUUUAUUAAAGUAUCAUUACUACAACGACGAACUAAAGAAAUAAAACCUUUAAAUAUUUCA